AUGUCGUCUCCGGAGGAAGUGUCACAGACUAUAGGACGGCUGAGGAAGAGAUUUGUAGAGAUAUUCGAGGAGGAUGUGGAUGGCUUGUGUGAUGAGCUGGACUUCCUCCAUCUCUUAUCUCUGGAGGAAUACGUUGAUCUCCAGUAUGUUGAGGAUCCCAGAAUGAGAACUGAGAAGAUGAUAGACAUUAUACUCCAGAAGGGAGAGAUGGCUUCUAAGAAAUUCCUGGAUCAUUUCUAUAAUAUGAUUCUCAGGUUCCCGGCGUUGUCUAGUUUACCUCAGCAUCUUCUACAUGGCAAGAAAAACCCUUUCCAGGAACUUGUGGGACAGCUAGAUAUGAAAAAUCACUUGACUUCAAAGGUGGCUUUGAGUGAUAUUCUGAGCAUUGGGUCAGAGAGCCUGAGAGACGAUCAGCCUCACAAUUUAAUAGAUAUUCCGUUGUACUUCUUGAGGAACCUCAUGGCUUUGAAAAGGAUCUCCCGAAAUACCCAACUCAAGAAAAAAUCAUCUACUCCAGUCAAUAUUGACGUGUUUAAUAUGUUCGAAGCUGAAGAUGACACAUCAAGCACAAUUCACCCCCUGGAUGUCCUGUGUGUUCUCUUCCAUUGUUCAGACAGUUUUCUGCAACAAGAGAUUGUAACCAAAUUGUCCAUGUGUCAGUAUGCUGUUCCUCUACUGCUCCCCCCAGUUGGUGACGGGUCACACUGCACCUUCAUGUUGUGGGCAAUAAGAGACAUUGUGAAGAAGUGGAGACCUCAGUCACUAGCAGACAGUAAAGGAUUCAGAGAAGAAAACGUUGCUAAUAUUCUAAUGCCGAUCUUCUCUUUUGUCAGAUUAGGGAAAAGUAAAUUGUCCAAAUCUAAAAUCCUGAACCAGAUUCUAAAUCCAGCUCAGCAACAGCACAAUUUCUUUAUCCACCAUGAUAUGGAUGGCGGAAACGUCAAAAGGAAAAUAUCUGAUGGACUGGUGGAAAUGUCUUGGUACUUUCCAUGUGGGAAUUCUGAUGUUUACCCGGAGCCCAUCGCAGUGACCAACCUACGAGGAGACCUGGAGGACAACUUGGACCAGUUCACGUUUCUGACUCGAAUCUCAUCAGCUGUAUUUAUAUUCAUUGAGAGUAUUUCUGAGAGGCAAUUCAAACUGUUAUCAUCCUUGAAACACACUGAUACCCAGUAUUACUUCAUCAUUACACCAGGGUCAGGCAAAAAAAUUAACUCAAAAAUGCAAACAUUUUUAAAGCAUCUAAUGGAAACAUUACAUGUUAGCGCAGAUCAAAUUAUAGGUAAAAGAAACAAUUCAAAUGAUGCUGAAUUUGUGGAAAAGAUCCAGGACCUCAUUGGAAGCUUAUUAGGAAAAGAGCCCCCAAGACUGGCACUAGAGAGUAUGAAAUUACAAACACAUGGGCUCCAGAUUGAUGUAGAUGAGAACUUUGCUGAGUGUCAGAAAGCAAGAGCAUGUGCAUGUAAUAUUACCUCAAUGAUCAAAGACGUGAACGUGUUUAAAAAAGAAAUGCUGAAACUGCAGGGGAAUCUGUGGAAAGAACUGUCCAAAGUAGAGAAAGAACUUUGUAGAAUGACAAACCAAGGGGAAAUGGGUACAGAAGAAUAUCAGUCUCAUUUAAAAGAGCAACGCAUUGCACUGCACAAGGAACAAAACCAGCAUGAUUUGACUGAUGCUAUGAUGUUGUUUAUAUCUGCAAUCACUAAUCUAUCUCAGGUAGAGAAACAAUAUUUCCUGAAGUGGAUGAAAUUAGAACUUGAUUUAAUUGCUAGGAGGAAUAUGUCUUCUUUACAGGUGGAAUACAAAGAAAGAAGUAGAUCAGAUAAUCCAGAGGAACUCAAGCAGGUAGACCAAAAAAUCUCGGACAGUUCUUUAGGAAUUGAACACUUCCUGCGUGAGUUAGGACAGUUCUAUGAGGCUGAAUGUUCUAUGCUUAAAGAAAACAAUAUUGCAGCAGAUAGAGCCCAGUUUACAGGACUUCCAGGGAUUGCUGCUGAUCUUCUCUUGGAUGGAUUUCCAUUGGAGCUUAUCGAUGGAGAUGCCUCCAACAUCCCAAUAAAAUGGGUAACUGAUGUCCUCACUGAGCUGGAUACCAAGACAGGAGGAAAAAGUAAAAUAAGGGUAAUAACUGUGCUGGGAGUGCAGAGUACGGGGAAAUCCACCCUUCUGAACACCAUGUUUGGUCUUCAGUUCCCAGUGGCCAGUGGAAGAUGCACAAGAGGAGCCUUCAUGACUCUUCUUAAUGUGAAAGAGAACUUCCAGGAGGAACUGGGCUGUCACUUUAUCCUGGUGAUUGACACAGAAGGGUUGAAAGCUCCAGAGUUGGCCUCUUUGGAGGACAGCUAUGAACAUGACAAUGAACUGGCCACACUAGUGGUCGGGUUGAGUGAUAUCACCAUAAUCAAUAUGGCCAUGGAGAACACAACAGAAAUGAAGGAUAUUUUACAGAUUGUGGUUCAUGCUUUUCUUCGGAUGAAAGAAAUUGGGAAGAAACCCAACUGUCAGUUUGUACAUCAGAAUGUGAGUGAUGUGUCCGCUCAUGAAAAGAAUAUGAGAGACAGGAGAAAACUUCUGGAACAGCUGGAUGAAAUGACCAAAGCAGCUGCAAAAAUGGAGAAGAAGGCUGGAAUCACCUCCUUCAAUGAUGUGUUGGACUAUGAUCUGGAUACACACAGCUGGUACAUUCCUGGACUCUGGCAGGGGGUCCCACCAAUGGCUCCAGUGAACUCUGGUUACAGUGAAAAUGUCAAUAAGCUAAAGCAGCAUUUGAUUGAAUUCAUGAAAUCCCAGAAUGCAUCUUGCAAGAUUGGUGAAUUUAUCACAUGGAUAGAAAGUUUGUGGAGAGCAGUGAAACACGAAAAGUUCAUCUUCAGUUUUCGGAACAGUCUGGUAGCUGAUGCUUAUAAUAAAUUGUCUAUGCAGUUUUCUCAGUGGGAAUGGGAAUUUUCCAAAAAAGUCUACAACUUUGUCAUCAGGACAGAAAAUAAUAUAAGAAACCAGUCAGCUGAGAAUAUGGACACGGAAACCUAUGAAGAGUACAUGAGAGAACUUCAAUUUCUGGUGUCUGAGGAGGAAAACAACAUUUUGGAUUUGUUGGAGCAAUAUUAUGAGAGUAAGUCUGAAAACGUUCAUCUUAUAGAACGAUAUCGGGAAGAUUUCAGAAUGAGCGUACAUUCCCUAAGAAAAGAUCAGGAAAGAAAGGCUCAGACUAAAUGUAGUGAGGCCAUUUCUAUCCAGAAAGGGAAGUUUGAGAUCCAGGAAAUCCAGAAUCAAUAUCAGAAGAUAAUCGAAGAGAAAAUCAGCAACCUCCUGAAAAACAGUGGAAUUAAGAAUUCUAAACUAAAGGAUGAGAAAUUGCUACAGGAAUUUGAGUCCUUGUGGGAGAAAACUCUGACAGAGUUACAGAUAAAGAAAUUAGUUACACGUGAUGUUGACCAAGCAAUUUUACAGCAACUGAGACAGGACCUGAACACUAAAGGGUCUGAGGUGAAUAAAAAAUUAAUAAACAUAAAAAAUCUAACAAGCCACGGAAAGCGUAGUUUUAAAAUGAACGAAAAGUAUAUUGAUUAUUCUUUCUGGUGUCGUUUCAAGAACAUAAUUGGCCUACAAAGUGAAACAUAUGAAAAGGUAGAGAAAUUUGCUGUCUCAGUAAUAGAUAAAUGUAAAAUGUAUGUGAAAGAAAAAGCUGACACUUCAGAGGAUUAUGACAAAACUCACUGCCAGGAUUUACUGCACAUGAUUAAUGGACAACUGAAAAGCAGCAAUCUGCCAUUUUCUGUAGAAUUUGAGCUAGAUAUCAAACUUAUGAUUCUUGGAAAUGCUGCCCAAAACUUUCAAAAGAUGCACGACACAUUUAUCAAAAAUAAUGACCCACGAGCCUCCCUGGAGAGCCUGAAACCUCACUAUUUAUCAACAUUUCUCAGCGUAUUUCAAGAGAAAGAUGUAAGUCAGAGCAGAGCCAGACAAUUCUGUGAACGUUGUCUCAAACCAGCAAUUACUGACUAUGUCUUCAGACAUCUCGGAGAAAAGAUAGUGGAUGACAUUUUAAAAAGCUCCGAAAAUAUCAUCUUCAGCAGCAGAAGCUUUUUUCAGUGUAACAUGCUAGAAAUAUUAUUGGAAGAAAUGUCAUUUAAAAAAUACGUAGAAUACAUUCACUCAUAUGAGAAAUUUUCAGAAUCAUGGAUAAUAAGUUACAUUUGUAACAAAUACAAGAGCUCAACAACUGUGGAAAUAAUAUGCAAAAAUAUUCUGUCCUUCAUAAUGGGGGAAAUUCACACUGUACUUAAAGACAAAGCAUGUUUGCAAAGUCCUGAUGUAUCAUCAUUUUUAGAAAAUGUCUGUGAAAUGUUACAAAAUGAACUGGUAAUAUCACAGAAGGAGAUGAAGGUGAUCAUUUUCCAUAACACGGCUACGGUGGAGCAGUUUUCAACUGACGUUCAACACUUCCUCAAAGAGACAGAGCAACAAAUGAUAACAGAACUGGGAUUUUUGGAUAUUGAGUCUGUGCUUUCCAGAGUUACACUGAAGCCUCAUUAUGAACUGGUCAGGAAGGUGGUUGGAUGUGGCAAGCAGUGUCCAUUCUGUAAAGUACCCUGUGAGGCCGGAGGUGGUGACCAUAGGGAGCACUUUUCAUCCAUCCACAGAUCCUCAGGAUUGGGAGAGUGGAGAAAAGUGAAUUCUAGGAUUUUGAUCACUGACAUCUGUUCCACUCUUGUUGUUUCUGACAGACACUUUAGAUGUUCUCACACAAUGGGGGAAUAUCAUCCAUACAAAGAGUACCGUACUUAUUUUCCAAAUUGGGCCAUUCAGCCUGACCCCAGCAUUGAGUCCUCAGACUACUGGAAACACAUCUUUGUGCAGUUUAACCAGCAAUUUGCAGAAGAGUACGAUGCAAGACCAGCCAAACUUCCGCAAGACUGGAAGAAAAUCACCAAAGAUCAAGCUCUUAACAGUCUAAAGAAAGUGUUCAAUGUGAGCUAG